AUGGCGGCGGAGUGGAGCGUCCUCCUCCUCACCUGCCAGCGCGGCGGCUGCGUCGCCGCCUUCCAGCGAGGCAAGCGGCGGGGCUGGCGCUCCCCCUUUCCCCCGGGGAGGGGAGAGCUGGAGAUCCGCCGGCUGCGGGGGAGCCUAGGUCCGCAUCCCCCCGCCUUGCUCCUGGCCGUGGAGGAUCCGUGGGAGCGGCUGGGGAGCGGCGGGGCCACCCUCAACGCUUUGCUGGUGGCGGCCGAGCACCUCAGCGCCCGGGCGGGCUGCACGGUGGUGACCGCCGAUGUCCUGCGGGACGCCCGCAUCCUCAUCCUGCACACGGGCCGUGACUUCUCCUUUGACGACUGUGGCCGAGCCUUCACCUGCCUGCCCGUGGAGGAGCCUGGUGCCCCAGCCGAAGCUCUGGUCUGCAACCUGGACAGCUUGCUGUGGACCAUGACACACCGGCUCUGUGUGGGUUCCCCACCUGGCGUGUGGGUCUGCAGCACUGACAUGCUCCUCACCGUGCCCUCCACACCAGGGAUUGACUGGGACAGGUUCCAGGGUGUCAGAGUGAUUGCAGUGCCUGGCAGCCAGGCGUAUGCCAGGAACCAUGGGGUCUACCUCACCGAUCAGCAGGGGAUGGUGUGUGACAUCAUCUACAAAGGCACAGAAGCCCAGAUCCAGCAGUGUGCAGGGGCUGACGGCACCGUCCCACUGGUCUGCGGGGUGGUUUUCUUCUCCUCAGAUGCUGCUGAGCAGCUCUUGGCCACCCACGUCAUCCCUCCUCUGGAUGCCUGCACCUACAUGGGUCUGGACUCGGGGGCACCACCCAUCCAGCUCUCCCUCUUCUUUGACAUCGUGCUGUGCAUGGCAGGGGGGCUGACAGAGGAGGAGUUUGUGAAGGGUGGGGGUGAUGCUAACGUGAGGAGCGCCCGCUCCGUGCUGUGGGCUGCUCUCCAUGCCUUCCCUCUUAGCAUGGCCUGCAUCCCCCAUGCCUCCUAUGACUACCUGACCACCUCUGCAAGUGAGCACAUCAGCAGCCUGAACCUCCUGCCUGGCUCUGCCAGCCACCUCCACUUCUGCAAAACAGCCCAUUCCCACGUGGAUCAGCCCUGUCUCCUGGAGGAUGGCUCUUUGGUGACAAACUGCCUGCUGGAAGGAGCUGUGCAGCUGGCAGCUGGCAGUGUCAUCCAGCACUGUCACCUCCAGGGUCCCCUGGAGAUUGGUCCUGGCUGCCUCCUCUCAGGCCUUGGCGUGGACUCCUCGGUGGCCCUGCAGGGCUGUCCUCUGCGUGACAUUGUCCUGCAAGGCCACCACAUCAGGCUGCGUGACCUGUCCUGUCGAGUGUUCACGCUCACCGGCCGCCUGGAUGACUGGCAGAGCCCUGCUGAAGAGGGCACCUACCUGAACAUGCCCUGGGCUGAGUUCUUCCAUCGGACGGGCAUACGUGAAGGGCACCUUUGGGACCCCGAGACACCUCCGCAGAGCCGCUGCCUGCUCAGUGCCCGUCUCUUCCCUGUGCUGCACGCCCGGGAGGUGCUGGGGCUGGAGGAUGUGCUGUGGCUGCUGUCCCCGGGGGCUGGCAGGCAGCUGGCACGCUGGCAGGGGGCCUGGCGCAUGUCCUGGCAGGAGCUGCUGCCCUGUCUGGACAAGGUGGCCGAGCUGGGUGCCCGCCAGGCCCUCUUCUUCCUCCAGGGCCAGCGCAAGGUGCGUCGGGUGCUGCUGGGGCGCCAGGACUGCAGCCUCCUGCCCCUGGCCCGCAGCGCUGUCCACGAGGGCUACCAUGAGGUCCUGCUGGGCACGCUGGAUGAGGUUGCCUCCACAGCCGGUGACGCUGGCAUCGCUGCGCGGGCGCUCGCCUGCAUCGCCGAGGUGCUGGGCUGCAUGGCACGGGGGGAAGGGGGCUUGAGGAGUGGGCCUGCAGCCAACAGAGAAUGGGCCUCAGCUUUUGGGCUCCUGGAGAGCGGGGACAUCCCCAGGGGAGUGCAGGAAUUGGCUGCCGAGCGGCGCAAGUGGAUGAGCAGCCCAGCUCUGCUGGUGAGGGCAGCUCGACAUUACGAGGGUGCUGAGCAGAUCCUUGUCCGGCAAGCAGUCAUGUCCUCGUGCCAGUUUGUCACCGUGGGGCGGGCAGAGCUGCCACCCUUGGGGCAAUGGGUGCAGGUGGCCUGUCCGGCCCGCCUGGACCUCUCUGGUGGCUGGAGUGACACCCCUCCCAUCACCUACGAGCACGGGGGGGCUGUGGUGGAUGUGGCCGUGCUGGUGGAUGGGUGCAGGCCCAUCGGUGCCAGGGUGCGGCGCAUCGGCGAGCCCGAGCUGCGCCUUGUCACCCUCGGUGGGACAGCAGAGAGCCAGGCGGUGGCUGAGCUGGUGUGCAGGGAGCUGGAGCACCUGCAGGAUUACUGCCAGCCACACGCACCAGGAGCUCUGCUCAAAGCUGCCUUCAUUUGCACUCAGGUGGUGCAGUUCCCCUCACAGAAGCCCCUGCGGGCUCAGCUCCUGGACAGCUUUGGGGGGGGAUUUGAGGUGCACACCUGGUCCAAGCUGCCCCACGGCUCCGGCCUCGGCACCAGCAGCAUCCUGGCAGGAGCAGUGAUGGCAUCGGUGUACCGGGCUGCCGGGAAGGCUGCCAGCACCCAGUCCCUUAUCCACGCCGUGCUGCACCUGGAGCAGAGGCUCACCACAGGUGGUGGUUGGCAGGACCAGGUUGGGGGGCUCGUGCCCGGCAUCAAAAUCGGGAGGUCGAAGGCUCAGCUGCCACUCAGGGUGGAGGUGGAGAGGAUCCUGGUGCCUGAGGGUUUCACCCAGACCCUCAACAACCAUUUGCUGCUGGUGUACACGGGGAAGACUCGCCUGGCCCGCAACCUGCUCCAGGAUGUGGUGAGGAACUGGUAUGCCAGGCUGCCCUCCAUCGUGGAAAAUGCCAAGGUGCUGGUGAGCAAUGCUGAGGAGUGUGCCCAGGCCUUGAGGCAAGGCAACCUGCCCCUCCUCGGCAAGUGUCUGGAUCGGUACUGGCAGCAGAAGAAGUGCAUGGCCCCGGGGUGCGAGCCGCUGGCAGUCAGCCGCAUGAUGGAUGCUCUCCGGCCCCACCUCUACGGGCAGUGCUUGGCGGGGGCCGGCGGGGGGGGCUUCCUUUACGUCUUAACCAAAGCCCCCCGGCAGAAAGAGGCUUUGCACCAAAUCCUAACCAACACCAAGGGAUUGGGUAACUUCAGCAUCCACAGCAUCGAAGUGGACACAGGUGGUUUCUCUGUGGAGGUUGUGGGACACCAUCUGAAGGACAGUUCUCCCCCCAAAGAGGACAUGGCAGUGUGAAAGCCUUCAGCCCUGACCUGUUCCUGGCUGAUUCACAGGGCAGGGGAACAAGCAGUCUCCUGCCUUCCCAACCUCCUCCAGUAGGGGCCUUAUUAGGUCUCCAUGUGACCUUUUUGUGCUGCUACUUGCCCUAAAACCACAGAGGCUGGAGGAGCUGUAAUGAGCUGGGCAGGCUCUAGCUGGAGGGUGGCCCUGCUAGAAAGGUCAGUCUUGUUGGGGCCUCCAGGCUGAUUUUGGGGUUGCACUCUGGUUUUAAUGUUUUUUAAAAGGGAAAGUAGCGUUUGUGGUGCUAUCUCUAGCAGGAAGUUUCCUGCUCUUCCACACUGGCCCUUCAGCAGGGAAUGCUCCUGCACCAAGGAUGCCACCUGGAUGUGGAAUCCAGUUCCUGUCCUGUGCUGGGAGACUGCUGCAGCUGAGCGUCCCUGCAAUCUCUUUGAAUAAAAAAAAAAAUAAUCCC